AUGGAUAAUUUCAGCAUAAAGAAGAAGUCUGCUGAGAAGUUAUUAGAGUACUCCAAAGCGGCUUUGGAGGAGGCUGAAAGAAAUGUAGAAUUAGCAAAUUAUGCUAAAAGAGCACAUCAAGACAGGAUGGAUUCAUGUAAUGAUUUAGCAACUGCAGGGACAGUGCUGCUUGCAAUACCAAUGUUUGGAUGGAUUGCUGGUCCAAUAAUGAUGAGUGAGGGAGAGCGGGGAUUUGAAGAAGCUUCAAAUGACUUGAGUGAUGCUCCGUGGGACAAACAAGACUGUGAGUCUCAAGUGAGUAACUUCAAUCAAAAAGUUUCUCAUUACGAGGGUAUAAUCUCUAGGACACAGACUGAAAUUGAGCAGACCAGUGAGGCACUGAAGAGGAUUGAGGUAGAGAUUAAAGAGGUUCAAAAGCAUCUAGAGGACACAGGAAAUAUUCAAAACAUGGUCAGGAGUUCUGUAAACCUUCUGAGUGUUCUUGGUGGAAGAGUCACUGUACUGGAGAGGCAAACACAACGUUUCAUCCUCUGGCAGCCUGUGGUUAAAGCCAUGGAAGAUGUGAUGAAGGCAGUAGUAAUUAUAGCUGAGAAUAACAAUGGUAUACCAGGCCGCCUCAUUAAUACUCUGAGGAAGAAAGUUGGAGGAUUACAGGCUUUAUGCAACUCACCCAAUAAUUCUGAACAUGACAGCUAUUACUGA